AUGGAAUUAGAUAACUUGUCAAUCCCAAGAAAAGUACAACAUUGGGCUAAUAAACACCCAGAUGAUGAAGCAUUGGUGUUCGUAUCUAAAGAUGGUCCAAGAACAGCUUUAACUUGUGCAGAUGUUUUCAACAAGUCUAAAGUCUUUGGUUUACAUUUGCUACAACUGGGUGUUUCACCUGGAAGUGUGGUGGUAAACCUCCUGGAUGAUUCACCGGAAGCCUUCUUGGUGUUCUUUGGAACCCAAUUUGCUGGUUGUAAGUCAAUGAAGCUCAUUAUUGGGCCAGGAGACGAUGAGUUUCUGAUUCAUUUACUAAAUACUACCAACUGCCAAACAAUUGUAAUUUCUUCUGAUCCAGAAAAUGCAACCACGAAGAUUUUAUCUAAAUUAAUCCACAGAAUGUCAGGGAACAAAGUUAAUUCAACCGCCAUACCUAGCUUGAAAUUCGUCGUGGAUAGUAAAGAUAUAGACGUAAACCAGGUUGGUUUUAUAUGCCAAGAAGAAGUCAGCGAUUCAAGAUCUGUAAACAUUGAGGAUACAAUGGAUAAUGGUGGUGUUUUAAUGGUCAGUUCUGGAACUACGGGUCCAAGCAAAAUAAUCGAACUUUCUCGACAAGGUUUACAGGAGAGUAUGCAUAAAAUAUUUAAAUGCGUAAUGGAUCAGUAUCCGAAUUCAAAUAUGUUUAACAUGCGAAAAUUGUUUUGGUUUCUGGGCAUACCUCAGUGGUAUUUAUGUACUGGGAAUAGAAGCGUACACAUAGAUAACAGGUUCCCAAUUCAAGAAGAUGAUUUGCCUAAAUUUGUCUUUGACACCAUCAUCAAUGAGUCUUGUGAAUGUGCCAAACUGGAUCCGAUGACAUGUUCCAAAUUCAAUUAUUUUCUUCAAAGUGACCAUAAAUUAAGAAACAAAUGGCCAUUGAAAGUUGUUUGGACUGGCGGUAAACCUCUAACACAGUCCAUAAAGGAAGUAAUUGGUACAGUCUGUCAUACUUUUCACAAUAUGUAUGGAUCAUCGGAAAUGAACCUGCUAACUAUGAAAAAGAUCGAGAAGGACACGGAAUUUGAAGACUUCAACUCUGGCUCCUUUUUUUAUGAUAUAAAGAUGAAAAUAAUUGACGAAAAUUUAAAAGAAGUUACGAACGGAGCAUCCGGUCAUCUGACUUUUCAGAGAAGUCCAUAUUUUUUUGUUGGUUACGUUGGUAAUGAAGAAUUGACGAAACAAUCUUUUAGCGAAGAUGGUUACUUUUUUUCCAAAGAUUAUGGACGUGUGAAGCCCAAUGGAGAGUUAAUCAUACAGGGUCGUACAGAAGACAUUGUGUCAAGGGAUGGAAAUAUUUACCAUGCAAGUCAGAUAGAAAGUUUAGUUCGAAAAGCUCCCGGUGUUUACCAAGUUACUGUUAUAAAUGUUACUGUCAACCAGAAAGAAGAUUUAUGUGCCUGUAUAGUUCCACGAGUUGGGGUGUCAGUUUCGGAGCAAGAUGUAAGAGAUUUUUGUGAAAAUGAGUUUGGAAAAGAUCCGCAAUUGAAAGAAGGUUGUCCUGGAUAUUAUUUGACUUUGAAGAAGUUUCCUACCAAUAUAAAUGGAAAAGUUGUUAGAAGAACUCUGCGAUCGAAUGCUGAAAGAUCAAUAAAUUUGCAUUUGUAUUAA